CCCUCCCUCCCUCCUUCCCUCCCUCCCUCUCUCAUUCCCUUUGUAUGUGAGUGCAUGUGUCACUCUCUUUCCCUGCCUCUCUCUUUAUUGCUCUCUCUCUAUCUCUCUUUUUCUUUCUCUCUCUGUCUCUCUCUCCCUCCCUGCCUCUCCCACUCUCUGUAGCUGAAAGAGUCUCCAUCAGUGGGCUGAGGAAGAGAACCUGAGGGGUUUGAAACAGAAGCCUGUUGGUUUCCAGAGGCUGCCCAACCCGGCAGGAUACUUCUCCCCAGGAAUAUCCAGCGCUUUCCUCCCUCAGCUUCCCUCUUCUCCUCCUGAUCCUCUCCCUUUUCCCCCUCUUUCUCCCACACCCUGGCUGGAGCGCGCAGGAUAGGGGAGAGGGCAGCAUCCAGUCGAAGACGCGCACUGUGAGAAGUGGUGACUGAGCGCACCAGAGCAGACCCCCGCCCCUCCUCCAGCCUGGACCCCGGUUUUAUGGACUUUGGGGCUGACUUUCCCAACCCCAACCGGCCUUCCGCAGCUCUUCAUGUGGGAAUAAAAACUCCCGGGAAAAGCCAUCCGGAAUGAGCGAGGAAGCCAAGGAGAAGAGCUCGGCAAAGCCAGCUCACCGCAAGAAGAAAGGGAAAAAGUCUGACAGCAACGCCAGUUACCUGAGGGCUGCCCGUGCGGGGAACUUGGAGAAGGCCCUCGACUACCUGAAGACGGGCGUCGACAUCAACAUCUGCAACCAGAAUGGGCUCAACGCUCUUCACCUCUCUUCCAAAGAGGGCCACGUGGAGGUGGUGGCUGAGCUCCUCAAGCUUGGAGCGAAUGUGGACUCUGCAACGAAGAAAGGAAACACAGCGCUGCAUAUAGCCUCUCUGGCCGGGCAGACGGAGGUGGUGAAAGAGCUGGUGACCAACGCGGCCAACGUCAACGCACAGUCACAGAAUGGGUUCACUCCACUGUACAUGGCGGCCCAGGAAAACCACCUGGAGGUGGUGCGGUUUCUCCUGGAGAACAGCGCCAGUCAGAGCAUGGCCACCGAGGACGGCUUCACCCCGCUGGCAGUGGCUCUGCAGCAGGGUCAUGACCAGGUGGUGUCGCUGCUCCUGGAGAACGACACCAAGGGCAAGGUGCGUCUCCCCGCCCUGCACAUCGCCGCCCGCAAGGACGACACCAAGGCAGCGGCCCUGCUCCUGCAGAACGACCACAACGCAGACGUGGAGUCCAAGAUGAUGGUGAAUAGAACGACGGAGAGUGGCUUCACCCCCCUGCACAUCGCCGCUCACUAUGGCAACAUAAACGUGGCCACGCUGCUCCUGAACCGCGGGGCUGCGGUCGACUUCACCGCGAGGAAUGACAUCACGCCUCUCCACGUUGCCUCGAAGAGAGGGAACGGGAACAUGGUGAAACUGCUGCUGGAACGAGGGGCGAAGAUCGAUGCCAAGACCAAGGAUGGUCUGACCCCCCUACACUGUGGAGCGAGGAGUGGUCACGAACAAGUGGUGGAGAUGCUGCUGGACAGGGGAGCCCCAAUCCUGUCCAAAACAAAGAACGGGCUGUCUCCUCUACACAUGGCCACUCAGGGAGACCACCUCAACUGCGUCCAGCUCCUGCUCCAGCACGACGUUCCCGUGGACGACGUCACCAACGACUACCUGACCGCGCUGCACGUGGCCGCCCACUGCGGCCACUACAAGGUCGCCAAGGUCAUCGUGGACAAGAAGGCCAACCCCAACGCCAAAGCCCUGAACGGGUUCACUCCGCUCCACAUCGCUUGCAAAAAGAACCGCAUCAAAGUGAUGGAGCUGUUGCUGAAACACGGAGCCUCGAUACAGGCCGUGACCGAGUCGGGACUCACACCGAUCCAUGUGGCUGCCUUCAUGGGCCAUGAGAACAUUGUAACUCAGCUGACGCACCACGGAGCUUCGCCGAACACCACCAACGUGAGGGGAGAGACUGCGCUCCACAUGGCAGCACGGGCGGGGCAGGUGAACGUGGUGAAACACCUGGUGAAGUCUGGGGCCAAGGUGGAGGUUAAGGCCAAGGAUGACCAGACUCCCCUGCACAUCUCCAGUCGGCUGGGCAAGGCGGAUAUCGUCCAGCACCUGCUGCAGCGCGGGGCGUCCGCCAACGCCUCCACGACUUCGGGGUACACCCCCCUCCACCUGGCGGCCCGCGAGGGCCACGAAGAGGUGGCCACCGUGCUGCUGGAGCACGGCGCCUCGCUGUCUGCCACCACUAAGAAAGGGUUCACCCCUCUACAUGUGGCGGCUAAAUACGGAAAGAUGGAAGUGGCCAACCUCCUCCUUCAGAAGGACGCUGCCCCGGAUGCAGCAGGAAAGAGCGGCCUAACUCCGCUACACGUAGCCGCGCACUACGACAACCAGAAGGUGGCGCUUCUCCUGCUGGACCAGGGAGCCUCCCCCCACGCUGCUGCCAAGAACGGCUACACCCCUCUGCACAUCGCUGCCAAGAAGAACCAGAUGGACAUCGGCACCACCCUGCUGGAGUACGGGGCGGACACGGGCGCCGUUACACGCCAGGGCAUCAGCCCCCUGCACCUGGCCUCUCAGGAGGGCAACGUGGACAUGGUGUCCCUGCUCCUGGCCAAGAGCGCCAACGUCAACCUGGGCAACAAGAGCGGGCUCACACCUCUCCACUUAGCGGCUCAAGAGGACAAAGUGAAUGUGGCUGAGGUGCUAGCCAAUCACGGGGCAGCUAUUGAGCCUCAGACAAAGAUGGGAUACACUCCAGUGCAUGUGGCCUGUCACUACGGCAAUGUGAAGAUGAUGAACUUCCUCCUGCAGAAUCGUGCUAAGGUCAACACAAAAACAAAGAACGGAUACACCCCCCUCCACCAAGCAGCACAGCAAGGCCACACCCACAUCAUUAACAUACUGCUGCAGAAUGGCGCCUCCCCCAAUGACCUCACUGUGAAUGGAAACACGGCCUUAUCGAUCGCCAGGAGGCUGGGCUACAUCUCCGUGGUGGACACCCUGAAGGUGGUGACUGAGGAGACCCUGAAUGCCACGACUGUGACGGAAAAGCAUAAAAUGAAUGUGCCGGAAACUAUGAAUGAGGUCCUUGACAUGUCGGAUGACGAAGGUGAGGAUGCGGUGACUGGGGACACGGAUAAAUACCUGCGGCCCCAGGAUCUGAAGGAACUCGGCGACGACUCUCUACCGCAAGAGGGGUAUAUGGGAUUCAGCCUCGGCGCACGGUCUGCCAGCCCUAGGAUAAGUUCGGAUAGGUCCAACACCCUGAACCGCAGCUCCUACACGCGGGACAGUAUGAUGAUCGAGGAGAUCCUGGCUCCCAAGGACACGCUUCAAAGUGUCUGUAAAGACAUCUCCUUCAUUGUUGAUCCUCAAAAUAAGCACCUGGCAGUGACCAGGGAGUGUAACUCAGACGCUCUGCGCCGGUACAGCUGGGCUCCAGACUCCACCGACAACGCCCACCUGGUCUCCAGCCCCAUCCACUCAGGCCUGUCGUCUCCUCUCCCCCAGUAUGACUCCAGGUUCCUGGUCAGCUUCAUGGUGGACGCCCGCGGCGGCUCCAUGCGCGGCAGCCGCCACAACGGCAUGCGCAUCAUCAUCCCGCCGCGGAAGUGCACGGCGCCCACGCGCAUCACCUGCCGCCUGGUCCGCAGGCACAAGCUGGCCUCCCCGCCCCCCAUGGUGGAGGGAGAGGGCCUGGCCAGCCGCCUGGUGGAAGUGGGGCCAGCCGGAGCUCAGUUUCUGGGCCCUGUGAUAGUGGAGAUCCCCCAUUUUGGCUCUAUGAGGGGGAAGGAGCGGGAGUUGAUUGUCCUCAGAAGCGACAAUGGAGAAACGUGGAAGGAGCACCAGUAUGACUACCGGACCGAGGAGCUCAGCCAUCUCCUGAACGGGAUGGAUGAAGAGCUGGACAGCUCAGACGAGCUGGAGAAGAAGCGCAUCUGUCGCAUCGUCACCAGGGAUUUCCCACAGUACUUUGCGGUGGUGUCCCGGAUAAAGCAGGAGAGCAACCACAUGGGCCCGGAGGGAGGGGUCCUGACGAGCGUGACUGUGCCGAUGGUCCGGGCGUCGUUCCCAGAGGGGGCUCUGACUAAAAGGAUCCGAGUCGGCCUGCAGGCCCAGCCUGUCCCAGACGAGCUGGUGAAGAAGAUUGUGGGGAGCAGGGCCACGUUCAGCCCCAUCGUGACCGUCGAGCCUCGGAGGAGGAAGUUCCACAAGCCCAUCACCAUGACCAUCCCCGUCCCGCCGCCGUCGGGGGAGGGGAUUUCCAACGGCUACCGAGGGGACAGCGCCCCCUGCCUGCGGCUCCUGUGCAGCAUUACAGGGGGAACGUCACCAGCCCAGUGGGAAGACAUUACAGGGACCACGCCUCUAUCCUUUGUGACCGAAUGUGUCUCCUUUACCACCAAUGUCUCUGCCAGGUUUUGGUUAGCGGACUGCCACCAGCUCCCAGAGACCGUGGGCUUGGCUGCCCAGCUGUACCGCGAGCUCAUCUGCGUCCCGUACAUGGCCAAGUUCGUGGUGUUCGCCAAGAUGAACGACCCGGUGGAGUCCCGCCUGCGGUGCUUCUGCAUGACCGACGACAAGGUGGACAAAACCCUGGAGCAGCAGGAGAACUUCGAGGAGGUGGCCAGGAGCAAAGACAUCGAGGUUCUGGAAGGAAAGCCCAUACAUGUGGAUUGCUAUGGCAAUGUGGCUCCUCUGAUCAAAACUGGACAGCAGCUAGUGUUCAAUUUUUAUGCAUUCAAAGAAAACAGGCUUCCAUUUUGCGUGAAGAUCAGGGAUGUCAGUCAAGAACCCUGUGGGAGAUUGUCAUUCCUUAAAGAGCCAAAGACCGCUAAAGGUCUUCCACAGACUGCUAUCUGCAAUCUGAACAUCGCACUGCCAACUCUAAAGAAGGAAAUGGAGUCAGAUCCAGAUGAAGAGGCCGACAAACCUGAGCGACGGCACACCUUUGCAUCUCUAGCCUUACGUAAGCGCUACAGCUAUCUGGCCGAGCCUGCAACGAGCCCAGAGAGUCCCUGUGAAAGAACUGACCUGCGGAUGGCAAUCGUAGCUGACCAUUUGGGUCUGAGCUGGACCGAGCUUGCCAGGGAAAUGAACUUCUCAGUUGAUGAAAUAAACCACAUCCGAAUGGAGAACCCCAACUCAUUGACGGCACAGAGUUUCAUGCUGUUGAAGAAGUGGGUCAAAAGAGAUGGUAAUGAUGCUACAACGGAUGCCUUAACCACAGUGCUGACCAAGGUCAACCGCAUGGACAUCGUGACGCUGCUGGAAGGCCCAAUAUUUGACUACGGUAACAUUUCAGGCACCAGAAGUUUUGCGGAUGAUAACUCUGCUUUCCUGGAUCAAGCAGACGGUUUCCACAAGCUCCAAAUGGAACUGCUCUCUCCCUCUGAGCUGGGCCCUGACUCCACGGGGCCGCUCUGGACGGACGAUGUCUUUAGUGAGGAGGAGGAGGAGGACUCUAGAUUAGAGGACGCUCCUAAAAGCCCCAGCAGGCCCUGUGAGCUGGCCCUGUGCAGGCCGCACCAGGACCCCACCCCGGGCUGUGUAGAGGAGGAGCCUGGGGUUACCCAUGAUGCGGUAAAAGAGAGCGGGGCAUCAUGGGAGUGCCGGGGAGCGGGAGAGGAGGAUUUACUGCAGGAGGGGGCCGCUGCCAUACCCCCACUGACGGCCUGGGCUUUGGCCUUGGGGGAGGGCUGCGAGUCUGAUGAGGAAGAGGAGGAGGAGGACAUGGCGCAGGAGCAGCUAAACUCCCUCCGGGAGGACAGCUCAGAGGGACAGGAGAGGGAGAAUGCUGUGCAGAGUUACACAGAAAGACGCGUGUCUUCAAUUCCAGGCUGGGGCAAUGAGACGCCCAACGUUACCGCGGAGACGCAGGCCCAGGGCCGCAGCCUGAGCACCGAGCCGAACAGUCAGCAGGAGAUCAGCCAGGAGACCUCCAGCGAAUCCACCACGGUGUCCUCCAAGGGAAGAGCGGCAAAGGCCAAACAGAACGGGGAGCACACACACCCCUCUCCCCAGGCCACGGCCCUGCGCACCACGCCACAGCAGAUACCCGGCGCGGCCAAGGGCCAGGACGAGCCAACAGGACCGGGCCGGGGCGAUGACAUCAUCCCGUCUGAGCGCAAACCUCAGAUGGAACCUGCUUCUGUAUCUGGGUCUACAUGUGAUGCAGUGAUAACACGUGCUCUGUCAGAUCAGCGUAAAGUUAGCUCCAGCUCAGACGAAGGACCGAAUGUUACCACCAGGGUGUUCCGCAGACGGGUGAUUCUUAAGGGAGAGGAAGCAAGGAAUGCCCCUGGAGAUUCCGUCACAGAACAGCAGUUCGUCGACGAGGACGGCAACAUCGUCACCCGAAAAGUCAUCCGGAAAGUGAUCCGCCGCAUGGUCGCCCCGGACGACAGGGACAGAAACAGCGGGAAAAGUCCUCGGUCGGGAGACUCGAAACCGAGACAGGCGACUGCGGAGGGCAAACACACCAAGGGCUCGUCACCUCACAAGGCUAAAGCUGAGCAUGGAGAGGGAUCCCAUCAGAAAAAGAGGGAAGGGAGGAAUGGAGACAAGAAGAUCCACUCAUAACAGUUACUCUGUUUCCCCUGCUUCCGAGGGCAAGAUGACUGGAAAGAGGAAAUCGCCCAACUGAAGUGCCAGUCUGCAGCUUCCACAUUAACGCAUGGUGUUUCUUUUCCCCUGCAAGGAGACUUUAUUAUUUAGCAUGAGCAUGAAUACUCACGUUUGCCAGUGACAAGGAGAAUUACAACAAACGACCACGACAUGGCAUGGUGACAAGAGCCAUUCUUUCCGCUGUGGAUCAUCAGCGGAAACACAGAGACUCGAGAACAACAGAGACAGAAAACAUUUAUUGUGACCAAAGACGGCACAACGGCUCAUUUGAAUGGGGGAGACAGUACAACUUUUAAAUCACUGUCUGUACUCGCCUUACAUUUCUCUUGGACCCAUAAUGUCAGGGUGUAAAAUGCUGUUUCUUUUUAAACAAAAUGAUGAGUGAUUUUGCUGUACAUAGAAGACAUUGUAUAAAUUCUAAAAUACGUAGCUGACAAAUAUUAAGGCACUGUGAAGUGCACCAAACUUAAACGUUAUUGAAAUUGUUCCACUUUUACAGAAAUUGAGUAUAACCUCACUUGUCCUUGUAUAAUGAUUAGCAGGUUAAACAUUUGUAAAUUAAAAAGCUAGCUUGAUUUUAACAGAGCAAGUUUCAAUAAUUCUCAAAAGGAGAAUAUCUAGUUCUGUGAAAGCAUUCAGUCAGAGCACUAAUAUUUUGAAGCAUGCGAUUCACCAUAUUUUAAUUACAGAUUUUGUAAGUUUGCAGACAUUGUAUUAAAAACAAGAAAUAAACUCUUCCCUUGUGUACCACACACAGCCCAGGUAAUUGUAACACUUGACAGUUAUCUGAAGAAUUAUCUUUAAUAUAUCUUCCUUGAAGGGGGAACAGAGUGGGUACACUUCAUUAUUUUCUGAUGGUUUACCGCUUGCUAAUGCUGAACUGAAGGUCAGCUUCUGCAAACACAGGUUCGAGGAGUUCAAGAGAAGCAAUCUGAAUGUAUAUGCUAGAAGACUGGCGCGCUGUACAAUUAUAAGUGUAUCGUGUAUUGGCCAUAAGAUGUAGAGGUACCUGUAAGCCAAUCAUUUGUAAUUUAUCUAGCAGUGUAUUAAAGGGCAUUUUAUUUGGGUUUUGGUGAAACUUUUUCUUUAGUCGAAUCUGUUCAUAUGAGAACAACCAAACGCAUUCAUUGAUAGUUCUAAUAACAUAUGUAUGAGAAAACAACAAACACUGGAUGAUCAAAAUGAUUAUUUAAGCAUAAAAUAAAUUGUGUUUGAACUCAGAUUGUGUGUUCUUUUUAGACUUGAUCUUUUUAUGCAGUAUCUAGCACUCUUUUGAUAGCUUGUUAAUAGUUCACAAAACUGUGGUUCAUUGCAUUAGAUUCUCCUCAAUACUUCAUUUAAAAAGAAUGAUGAAACCGUAAUGAUAUUGCAGUAGAAAUGAAGAUAUGGAUUACUUCAUUUAUAGACUAAUUGAAGUUCCUGUAGGAUGCUGUGUUCCAUCCUCUAAACAUGUAAAGUAGAAACUGAAGGAGUCUUUAGAAUGGUGAAACGCUGUAAUUUAACAGUUUUGUUGAAUCUGUGUUAUUCAAGCAAAUUUAUGAUGUACAAAUCUUACAGUGGAGCCAUUGAAAUGAGAAAUAGCAUCGGAGUCAUUGAAAGAUAUUUGCUACAUUUUCUGAAAAAAAGCUAGAAGCUUGCUUAAAUUGAAUAAAAUAUUAAACAGCGUUGCUUUUGCAAA